AUGGGUAUCAAGGGAAUCCGUACAGCUCUAAAGGUCGACCUCGAUAAGCCUGCGCGUGAACAGCCUGGCUUACAUAAUAGAUGGCACCCAGAUGUACCGGCCUUUGGAAAAAUCGCCAACAAUGAGGUUGUUAAGAUUGAGUGUCUCGAUUGGACCGGAGGUCAGAUUGGAAAUAACGACUCAGCGGAUGAUGUCAAGAAUGUAGAUCUAACUCAGAUCCAUUACUUAUCUGGUCCGUUCGAAAUCGAAACCGCAGAGCCCGGCGAUGUCUUGGUCGUCGAAAUUCAGGACGUCCAACCAUUCGAGGAGCAACCGUGGGGAUUCACUGGAAUCUUCCACAAAGAGAAUGGAGGAGGUUUCCUAGACGAGCUGUAUCCCGAGGCAGCCAAGGCGAUUUGGGACUUCGAAGGAAUCUUUUGCUCAUCUAGACAUAUUCCCCAUGUUCGGUUUGCCGGACUAAUUCACCCUGGAAUCAUGGGUUGUGCUCCAUCGGCUGAAGUUCUGGCCGAAUGGAAUCGUCGAGAGGGAGAGCUAAUUGCAGCCAAUACUGUUGCUGAUCGAAUCGUCGCCCAACCACCAAAUCCUCAUAAUACCCAUGCUGGCACUGCGACUGAUGAAGUCAAGACCAAGAUCGCUAACGAGGGUGCUCGGACUAUCCCAGGCCGCCCCGAACACGGAGGUAAUUGCGAUAUCAAGAACCUCUCUCGCGGAUCGAAAGUAUAUCUCCCUGUCCAUGUCUCAGGUGCUAAGUUCUCAGUCGGAGACCUACACUUCUCGCAAGGCGAUGGCGAGAUCUCCUUCUGUGGAGCCAUUGAGAUGGCCGGUAUUAUCACAUUGAAGUUCUCAGUCAUCAAAAACGGCAUGGCGAAACUAGACAUGAAGUCACCAAUCUUCCACGCAGGACCCGUAGAGCCGCAGUUUGGCCCUGGGCGAUACCUGACAUUCGAGGGAUUCUCAGUCGAUGAGAAUGGAAAGCAACAUUUCCUAGAUGCAACAGUCGCCUACAGACAGACCUGUCUCCGGGUUAUCGAGUAUCUCCGGCGCUAUGGCUAUAAUGAUUAUCAGAUAUAUUUGCUGCUCAGCUGUGCACCGGUGCAGGGUCAUAUUGCCGGUAUUGUGGAUAUCCCAAAUGCCUGUACCACUAUUUCGCUGCCGAUGGAUAUCUUUGAUUUCGAUAUUCGGCCUGAGGCGGAUGUGGUUAAGAAGGAGAUGGGAGCUUGCGCUUUUGUGACAAAGUAG